AUGACUAACCCCGAGUGUUCCUCCAGCGUUGGAUCAUUGGUGUUCAUGUUGUCUGGCUCGCAAUACAACAGAUUAUUUCUGCAUAUUCGUCAGCAGGCAGGAUCCGGAGCCAUCAACAUUCAACACACGACGAAACAAUACAACAUCCACGCUUCCAUGCCACUGACUAAAAUUGUCGUGUCAUCUGCAUACGAUAUAAAAUUCAACAUUUUAGACGAAGCAGUCAUGUCAUUAAUGAACAAAUUAAAAAAUAAGGGUCCUAGGAUUGGUCCUUGCGGCAUGCCAUUUGUGGCUGAUGACAGUCGAAGAGUCGAUACUUUGCGCAACCGAUUCUUUGACAGAAAUCUAAAAACUAAAACUGCCAAUUCAGUUGAGCUAUUUUUUCGAAAAUCAGACUGA